GGCCGGCGACAUUAGCUAGCGCUCGCUCUACGCUUUUCUCUGUAACAGGGGAACACACGGAAUACAAGGAACCGAACCGCAUCGCCUGCACGCCUGCCCACUCCGCGCUUCUAUCCUUCCACCUCGCGUCCGUCUCCCUUUCCCUUUCGAAAGGACUCUGUAACGACCCCGUUACCUUUCCUGCAACCGCUCGCUGGUGUUUCUUUUUUCUAAAAGCUUAAUAUAAGAUUACUCCCCCGUUAAAGGUGAAGCCUGUCCUGGACGGGCUGCGAGGCGGCCCCGAGCAACAGCAACAGUAGUGACCAGCCGUAACCGGUGUGUAGGUGAGGAGGAGAAGGAGGGCGGCGGCGGCAGCAGCAGCAGUUUGGUCGGGGGUGCCUGUCGUUAAUUUCUGUGGUUGUUGGUUUUACGGAGUUGUCUCACCAUGAUGGAGGAGAACGGUGCACACUUUUUUGAAGGGACCGAGAAGCUCCUGGAGGUGUGGUUCGCCCGGCAGCAGCCCUCGCAGCAGGAGCCGCACCAGAGCAAGGGAUCCGGCGACCUCCGCACCAUUCCCAGGUUUGAAUGGGACAAACUUUUGGAGAAUGUGCAUUGUUUGAUCAUUAGUGUGACAAAAACUGACAAGCAGGAAGCUUAUGUACUCAGUGAGAGUAGCAUGUUUGUCUCCAAGAGACGUUUCAUUUUGAAGACAUGUGGUACCACCCUCUUACUGCAGGCACUGGUUCCCCUGUUAGAGCUUGCUAGAGAAUACUGUGGGUUUGACUCCAUUCAGAGCUUCUUUUAUUCACGUAAGAAUUUCAUGAAGCCUUCCCACCAAGAGUACCCACACAGGAAUUUCCAGGAAGAAGUAGAGUUCCUUAAUGAAAUUUUUCCAAAUGGAGCAGCUUAUUGCAUGGGCCGUAUGAAUUCUGACUGCUGGUACUUGUACACUCUGGAUUUUCCAGAGAGUCGAGUAAUCAGCCAGCCAGAUCAAACACUGGAAAUUCUGAUGAGCGAGCUUGACCCAGUAGUUAUGGACCAGUUCUACAUGAAAGACGGUGUUACUGCAAAUGAUGUCACUCGUGUGAGUGGAAUUCGUGACCUGAUACCAGGUUCUGUCAUUGAUGCUACAAUGUUCAAUCCUUGUGGGUAUUCAAUGAAUGGGAUGAAAUCAGAUGGAACUUAUUGGACUAUUCACAUCACUCCAGAGCCAGAGUUUUCAUAUGUUAGUUUUGAAACAAACAUAAGUCAGACAUCCUAUGAUGACCUAAUUAGAAAGGUCAUAGAUAUUUUUAAGCCAGGAAAAUUUGUGACAACGCUCUUUGUUAAUCAGAGCUCAAAGUGUCGCACAGUGUUUUCUUCAGCCCAGAAGAUUGAAGGUUUUAAGCGUCUAGAUCGCCAGAUUGCUCAGUUCAGUGACUACAACUUUGUUUUUACCAGUUUUGCCAAGAAUAAACAGCAGAGUUGAUUAAGAGAAAUGAAGAAAAAGCGCAAAAAGAUACCCCAUAGAGGAGGUGGUGAUUGCUUUCUAGUUAAUGAUACAAGGGGCCAUAUUUUUCAUAUCCACCUCGUAGUCGCAGAAAGCCCUAGAUGUAAUCAUAGUAUAAUUUUCAAUUGUAUGCAUUAUUAUAUCAAAAAUUUAGAUAUAUUGCAUGAAUGCUCUCUUCUGUGUUUAGGUAUUCUAUUUCACUCUUGCUGUGAAAUUGAAAUGCAUGUAGAAAAAUUUUACUGUAUGAGACUUUACGACACUUGUAAAAAUAAUUCCAAUAGGAUUACAUGCAGUAUAGUUUUUCUCCAAGUAUCACCAAAAAUUCCCCACAGACAAGGAUUUCGUCCUCAUUAGAAUUUUUCCUAAACCCGCUUAUCUGGAACAGCUAGUUGUUGCCUUUUUCCCAAAUAAACACAGUAACUUGAAACUUUUUUAAAAAAAUCUCUUUAAGUUACAGUACACAAUACAAAUAGCUAAACAUUUGAGUUAUUUAUAAAUUCCUUAAUGGUUGGCUCAAACUUUUUGUGAUUAGAAGCGUUGAGACUGAUAGAACAAGACUACUUACACAUGGACUACUUCACUAUUUUUGUUUGAGUUUAAUAAAAUUUGUUACUACUUUAGACUUGUAGACCUUUCCAGAAUCACCUAAGAGAACAAUGUACUAGAGUCAACGCACUAAUUGUUCACCUCUGGAAAUUUACUAAUUGGUUAUUUUGGUUGUCUUUAGACCAAAAGUUCUGUUCAGUGUUUGGCAUUUGCUAACGGGCAACCCCCAGCAACUGAUAGAAGUUUGUUGAAUGGUUGUUUUAAGUGUACUGACAACAUGGACUUGGCUGGCACACCAGAGCUUGCUGCAGACACUUCACGAACUUCAAAUACAGUUGCAGCUUUCUGGAAUCCAACUUGCUUGGAGACUGGUGCUGUUUAAUGUAACUUGGUUAUUGAGACCUGGUAAACUUAGAGGAAUGCAACUCGGAACUACUGCACAAAACUGAUAGUGGUCAUUUCUUAUUGUGAACUUACAUGCUGGCUGAAAUGUUACUUCAUAGUAAUCCAACACCAUAUGUCCUUCUACACUGUGAUUUCAUGUGACACCAUUGUGCAUGUGAUAGUUAAGCUGAAAUUUAACAAUAUUGUGGCUUCAUCUGUGUUUCUUCCUAAUUAAUGUGCGGUUUAUUUUAUAUAACAUGAAAAGUGUUGAGUGAUUUUUUUGCUACAGCAAGCAAAAUCGGGAAUGUAGACACACUGAAGUGCAACACUAUGUAAAACAUUAACUAAAAGGUACAGGCAUCAAAUAGUCACUUCAUGGGUAUGGAGCUAAUAAAUGCAAGCUUCUGAGAACUAGUGUGUUCAGGUAUGCUUGCAAAUACUUGGGAUUUCAGCUGUUGUGAGACCAGCAAGUCUGUUACAAAUUUUGACUCUGUCCUAGCUAUGUUUUUGAUUCUCUGAAUAUGAAAAUAUUUUGUUCCUUCUGUAUUUAUAAAUGAAGCACUUUUUUAGUGUUUCUAAACUACUAAAUCUGCUUGGUUGGAAAUCAAGCAGUUGGAACACCGUGACUUUUUUAUUUUAAACGUAUUUUUUCUACCAAAAUUACAAAUUUGCUUUUAAGUAGCACCUGAAAGUUUAGGGUGCUCUAGAGUUUGAGGACCAAUGUUUCAAACACUUUUUGUUCUUGACAAGUGCCCCAUGUGAAUGGCACUGCUUCUUGGCUUGGUCUGCUAGACUGAAGAUCCCAUUCUAAGUAAUGUUGAAAAUGCAGAUUUGGGUGGGGGGAAAGCCAUGGUUAGAAAGCUGUUGAAUGGGUAUUAAUGAACACUAGGGUGAUCAAAAGAGGGGGUGAUGUUUGGUGUUAAACUUCUCUCUGUGGUGUUAGACAUGAAUCAUUAAAAUGUACAAAAAUAUAUCUGUACCAGAAAUCAUAAUGCUUCAAUAAAAGUUUGCUUUUGCAAAAAGUAAA